ACGAGAGCUUAACAGAAAAUGUUAACAGGGCAAUGUAAUCUCUGAUAGUGACGGCACACCGCCUAGACCGAUGACGGAAAAUCGAGAAUCAUCGCACUGGAUUCAUCUACUUUUUGCGCAUCUCUAAAGAUUUGCACCUAAAAUUUAGUUACGUUUACCAGCGCGGCUUCAAAAAACGCAAUAAAAAAGGUUAAAAGCGAACGUUUUAAGGAAAAAACACAUCCGCAUUAUCUGGCCAAGAGCGUUCCGAAGCACCGGUGAUAAAGAGCAGGCGUCCAACUCGUGGCCACUGCUCGCAAACGGCAUUUGUAAAAGUUGCGCGUUCACGGUAUGCCCAGCGUGGCGUGUGUGUCGAGUUUCUUGUAGUUGUGUGCAAGCGAUUGAGCAGCGUUUCGAGGAGUUUCGAAUUUAGAAAUAGCAGAAUUGCGAAAUAGCAGAGACUAUCAAAAACUGAACAAUGUCGGAGGCAACUGUGGCGCAAAAGCCGGAGGCUGUGCUGGACACCAGCGUGGAGGAGGAGCAAGACAAGAAAACACCAAAACGGACUCCCAAACGCCGGUCGUUUAUUGAGCGGGCGCAGAGGGAAAGCGAGGAGCUGGUGCGGACUAUGGGAGGUAGUCUGGAGCUCGAGGGCGGGCGGCGCACGCGAUCUAGUACUCGCGGAACACCGACAAGGGCCAGCGAUACUGUGACGCCGCCGCCCAGCAAGAAGGCACGCACAUCGCCCGCUUCGGCCACCAAGGCGAGUGGUGGAGCUGGAAAGGGACGUGGGGCACGCAAACUGGACGUGGGCGGUGAAGAGCCAGCCGAGCCAGAGCCGGAAAAGGUACAGACACCAUCCAAGGGAAAGACCCCCGCCAAGAAGAAGGAGGUGAAGAAGGUGGAGAAGCCGGCCAAGGAAGAUGAAGUUGUCCAAGCCGAAGUUGAAGCUGAAGCUGUGGCGGAAGUCGAGGAGGCGGAGGUGAAGCCUGAGGAGUCGAAAAAAACAGAAGCCAAGCCCGUUGAAAGUGCAGAUCAACCAGAUGCUGUGGGAGAACUGCCGGCCGUUGCAGAGGAGGAGAAACAGAACCAUGUCGAUGAAGCCAAACAAAGCACAGAAGACACCGAGAAGCCAGCUGAGGAGGUGCCAAAAGCUGAAGACCCACCGAAGGAGGCGUCAGAAAACGGUGCUGCUUCAGAAACUCCUGCUGCUCCAGCCGCUGCUGUUGUCUCCGAAGAUCCUGCUCCCGCCGCCAUGGAGGUGGACGAAGAAGAUUCGACUGCAGAGGCCACACCGGUUGCAGUUUCAGAACCAGCUCCAGUUGAUAAGAAACCUGAGGAGAAGGUCGAACCUGUUGCUGUUGCAGAGGUGAAGAUCACUGAACCUGCCAAGGAACCCACCCCGGAGCCCAUGGAGGUGGAUGGCAGUUCGAAGAGCAGUUCAGACACAGCUCAAGUCGACACACCCGCAGCUGAGGCCGCCGCCCCAGAGGCAAAGCCUGCACCAGAAAUUGCAGAUGAGGCCAAGGAAUCGAGUACAGUCGAUGAAGUGGCCACCGAGGUCAAGGAAGCAACGGUUCCAGAAGUGCCGGCUGCCGAGACUGCCGCCAAGGAACCCGAGAGUCCGGUGGUCGAGCCCACGGAGGAGGUCAAAGAGACAAGCAUACCGAAGGAAGCAGAUAGUAGCGAGGUGCCCAAGGAGGAUGUGAGUUCUGCGGAGCCCAAGGAGGCAGAGAGCGCCACGCCGAUUGCCUCCGAAGUUCCAGUCCCAGUCGUCGCCCCCGCCACCAACGAUGUUGUCAAGCCCGUGGAAGCCGAGAAGAACGUGGUACUGGCGGAAAGUCCCGUUAAGGAGGCGCAGGCCAAGGCCGAAAUCAAUGUUAAUGGUGAGCCCAAGAUCGUCAACAAUUCCGCCGAUGUCGCUGAGAUUGCUGCAGCGCCAAAGGUCUGUAACUAAGGCAGAUCCACCGAUGGGCAACCACCAACAGCUUGAAGGGGUUGCGGAUGUGUACAAAAAGCAUCUUCAGCUCGCCCGCCGAGUUGGUUCCUAGAUGUCGCCAACUACAAAAGCAAAAAUUUAAGAGUUCCCCAAAACAAUCCACACAGUUUUUAUUUUCUUAUUAAUUGACUCUAAAAUACCUUCAAUUUGAUGAUAGUAUCGCGUCGUCCGUAUUCGGUUGACGCGAGAGGACGCCAUAGGCUGCAAUCGAUGCUGGACUUUCAAUGUUGCACUCUGUGUGCGUCACCUAACUAGACAGACGAACAGAGAAAGGAGUGUCCUUCCUAACCUAACCCACCCACCCACGCCCCACUUUCCCGAACUAUUUACACAGACACAUUGUGGAAUGCAUCUUAAUAUAAUAUGUAUGUGUAUAAUUAAUCAAAUUGGAAUCAAACAAAUGAUACAUUGACCCGAAAUGUAUGUAAAAUAGAUGUUUUUAAAUUUUAAGACACAUAAUAUCUCUAAUUCUAAACAAAAAAGAAAAACGCACCCUUUUGGACAACCCACACUCAAAAAUAUAAGCAAACUAUAUAAAACGCAGAAUGAUUUUAAACCAUUGUAACGACGCAAUACAAAUGCUCUGCGGCUAUUAAGAUAACACGUCUCCAAGCAUUA